AUGGCCGGUCCCGUAAGACAACCUGUUGACCUCCAAGCUUUGGAGAAAUAUAUAGAAGAGCAUGUACCGGAGAUCAAGACCCCUAUUGAUAUUAAACAGUUCGGAUUCGGUCAAUCAAAUCCAACAUACCAACUCCUCGCAUCCAAUGGCCAAAAAUAUGUAAUGCGCAAGAAACCACCCGGAAAGCUUGUCUCGAAGACUGCACAUCAAGUCGAACGCGAAUAUCGCGUUAUUCAUGCAUUGGAGAAAACAAAUGUACCAGUUCCAAAAGCUUAUUGUUUAUGUGAGGACGAAGGAGUAAUUGGCACACCGUUUUAUAUUAUGGAAUUUUUGGAUGGACGAAUUAUUGAAGAUCCAGGAAUUCCGGGAGUGGGAGAGGAGGAGAGGAGGGAGAUGUGGCACGAUGCGAUUCGCACCCUAGCCAAACUCCAUCGCGUUGAUAUAUCAAAAGCAGGACUUACAAGUUUUGGUAAACCAGUGGGAUUUUACGAUCGUCAAAUCAAAACUUUUGGCACGAUAAGUGUGGCUCAAGCUUCGACAGUUGAUAUUGAGACGAAGGAGCCAGUCGGUCAGAUACCACAUAUUGAGGAGAUAUUAGGGUUUUUCGGAGAUAAGAAAUACCAGCCGAAGGAUAGAGGGACCUUGAUUCAUGGGGAUUAUAAGAUCGAUAAUUUAGUUUUUCACAAAACGGAGCCAAGAGUUAUUGGAAUUCUGGACUGGGAAAUGUCCACAAUCGGGCACCCUCUUUCUGAUAUAAUAAAUAUUCUCUCUCCUUAUGCCGUCCGCAACGAGAAGAAAUUCGCAUCCCUUCCACAAUUUCAAGAAGAAAACUUACCCGGUCUGCCCUCGCAAUCAGAUUUAAUUUCCUGCUAUCGAGAAACAGCGGAUUGGGACCCAGAACCUGAUUUGCCCUGGGGAGUGGCAUUUGGCUUCUUCAGAAAUACAUGUAUUUAUCAGGGCAUAGCUGCUAGAUGGGCGAUGAGACAGGCGAGUAGCACGAAGGCAAAGGUCCAUGGGCAGGCGAUGUGGCCCAUGGGAGAAUUGUGUUGGAAGUUUGUGGGAUUGGCGAAGAAGGUAAAGGAAGAGAGAGAGAAGGCGAAGUUGUAG